AUGGGGCUGCUGACUGGGGAGGCCCUGACCACCUUGGCUGUGGCCUUGGCCAUCUUCCUGCUCCUGGUGGAUCUGAUGCACCGGCGAGUUCGCUGGGCUGCCCGCUACCCUCCAGGCCCUGUGCCUCUGCCUGGACUGGGCAAUCUGCUACAGCUGGAUUUUCAGGACAUGCCACACAGCAUAAAUCAGCUGCGGCGCCGCUUCGGGGACGUGUUCAGUCUACAGCUGGCCUGGACGCCAGUGGUCGUGCUCAGUGGGCUGGAGGCCGUGCGGGAGGCGCUAGUGCUCCGCGGUGAGGACACCGCUGAUCGCCCAUACGUGCCCACCUCUGGGUACAUGGGUUUCGCGCCAAGGCAAGUCACCACGGCUGUGAUCCUGGCGCUCUCUGGCCAAGCGUGGCGCGAGCAGCGGUGCUUCUCCCUGUCCACACUGUGCAACUUGGAGCUGGACAAGAAGUCUCUGGAGCAGUGGGUGAUCCUGGAGGCUACCUUCCUCUGGGCCACCUUCGAAAGCCAGGCUCGUGAGAACUGGUGCGGGGGGCGCCUGUUACACCGCACCCUCCUACCAGGAUGCCUCUUCAGCCUGGUAGACUGCCUGAACAAAGCGGUGAGCAACGUCAUCUCUCACUGA